AUGACACUGCUUCUUAAUAAGCACGGAGAUGAGGUCCAGAUCACGCAAGAAGUGGUCGUCGCAGCUACACAGAACGACGACAGUAGCAAGGAAGUUAUAGCACUACUUCUUAACAAGCGUGGAGACGAGGUCCAGAUCACGGAGGACGGCUAA